GCCGAGCGCGCAUUACUAUUUUCAGGCACACAAGGCACCUCUCUUGACGGAUUUUCAAUAAGUGAAGAGGGCGGCGAUAGGUGAGCGCGCGUGCGAUAGGAUCGGUCAUUUUUUUUUGUCGGUUUCGCGCGAUCAUCGGACGGUCCGGUUAUUCUCGACGGUGGGAUAUAGAGGUAGGUGUGUGUGCGCGCGCGAUAAAGCACAGUGUAUUAAAAAAGCAAGCGGGUGAACGAAGAGGCGACGAAGAACCGAGGGGGGCGAAGAGGAGGUGGUGGCACACGCGAAUCAGCAGCAGCGACGACAAGGGCGAUGUCGGGCCACGUCCCGGCGGCUCUCGGCGCCUGACUCGGUCGCGUCUGUCUCGGUACGUUCCGCCGGAAGAUGAGAGAGGCCCCUACGUCGCAGCGAGCAGCUGAUGGCGGCCGAGCGCUCUUGCGUUACGAGCUGCUCUUAACGUACACGUCUACCUAACGUCGUCGGGCGUCCGGGCGGCGCGAGUCGUGGUGUUUGACGGUCGCCGCGCGAAAGGGACACCCAGGUAGCAGCGACUCCACACCCGAGAGUCUCGUCCUCGCGCGUAGAUACAUAACGCCCCGAUCGUGUUGGAUUAUUAUAUAUCCGUGUUAAGGUCCUCCAGACAGGAUAUCGUAUAUACCGCUGCGUGUGCGCGCGACCACAUUACCCGCGGCCAUACUUACUACACGGACGUGCGCUGCUAUACCAGCCGCAGUCGAAUCGUUUUCUAUUUCGUAACGGUGCUUUUUCUUUCUCCUCUCUUUUUCUCUCUUCCUCUCUCUCUCUCUCUCUCUCUCUAUAUAUAUAUAUAUAUAUAUACAUAUAUAUAUAUCUAUCUCUCUCUAUCUCUAUCUCUAUCUAUCUAUCUCUCCAUCUCUCUCUCUCUCUCUCUCUCUCUCUCUCUCUCUCGGUUGGCCGGUAGUUCGACACGAGCACGACGGUACGGUGCGUGCGUGCGUGCGCUUACACACAUAUAUCGGAGAGGAGAGACCUCAACACCGACCGAUCAACCGACUUAACCAACGAACCAGCAGCGGCUACCCAUCACCGACCGGCGCCGCCGUCGUCGAUCGAAUCCACCCUACGUCGUUUGCGACGCGGGCGAGUCGAGGAGAGCCCUCUCCCUUUUCUCCCGCAAAGAGAAUCCCGCAGCUACCGGUCGUCGUUUUACGGCGUAUAUAUUUUACACGGUGUAGGUGGGAGCGGAAGAGGACACGGUAGUGCGUCCGCGUGUGCGACAACGCCUAGAGAUCAUCGCGCCCCUUCAUCCCGGUGGUAAGCCGGUGCGGCGGAUCGAGGUUUGGAAAUUGUCACAUUGUUCAUGGGGUGUACGACGACGCCGUGACGUCGUCGAUUAGGAAGAAGAAAAAAAAAUUAGAGGAAGGAAAAAGGAAAAAUAUUCUCCGGGCGUGUGUGUGCUAUGCUCCUCGGACGCUCUCGGCGGAGCUCACUUUGUUCUCCUUUCAACGCAGAGUGAACAAAAGUGAAUCGUGUUAAAGGAAGAGAAAGAGGGAGGAGAACGAACGAAUGCGACACAAGAUCAUCACACGUGUAUCGUGUAACAGUGUGUUCCUUUCUUUCUCGUGAAGUGCAGUGUAUUCGUCGUCGUCAUCGUCGUGCACGGAAUGCGGCCUCCUCGGGGUGAGGGUGAUCUUCGUCUCUAGUCGCGAAGACGCUUCGCUAUCUGGGAAUACCCAGGAGAAAAGGACGCAGGAGCCGCUACAGCCCUCGUUGAGAGCUUCGACGCAUCGCCAGGAUAUUCUUACAGUGCCUCCGUUAAUGCCAAAAUGUCGUCAGGGACUUUCGUCGACCGGAUAGACCCCUUCGCCAAGCGAUCCCUGAAGAAGAAAUCCAAGAAGUCGCAGGGUUCCUCCCGUUAUCGCAAUUCGCAAGACGUUGAGCUCCAACAAUUGCCGUUGCUUAAAGAUGUUAACGCUGCAGAACAGGAGGAAUUGUUUAUCAAAAAACUUCGGCAAUGUUGUGUGGCUUUCGACUUCAUGGAUCCAAUGGCUGAUCUCAAGGGUAAAGAAAUUAAACGGAGUACGCUCAAUGAAUUGGUGGAAUAUAUCACAGCAGGACGAGGUGUCCUCACUGAACCCAUUUACCCAGAAACUAUUAAAAUGGUUUCUGCAAAUUUAUUUCGUACGUUGCCACCAAGUGAAAACCCGGAUUUCGAUCCAGAAGAGGACGAUCCGACCCUGGAGGCAAGUUGGCCCCAUCUUCAGUUGGUCUACGAAGUCUUCCUCCGUUUUCUCGAGUCUUCAGAUUUCCAGCCUGCCAUUGGCAAAAAAGUUAUCGACCAAAAAUUUGUAUUACAGUUAUUGGAUUUGUUCGACUCGGAAGACCCGAGGGAAAGGGAUUUCUUGAAAACCGUUUUGCAUCGUAUUUAUGGCAAGUUCCUGGGUCUUAGAGCCUUCAUACGCAAACAAAUAAACAACAUUUUUCUGAGGUUUGUGUAUGAAACAGAACAUUUCAACGGCGUUGGUGAACUUCUUGAAAUUUUGGGUAGCAUUAUUAAUGGAUUCGCUCUACCUUUAAAAGUUGAGCAUAAGCAAUUUUUGGUUAAGGUGCUAUUACCACUACAUAAAGUGAAAUGUUUAUCACUAUAUCACGCGCAAUUAGCUUAUUGUGUGGUGCAAUUUUUGGAAAAAGAUGCGACUCUAACAGAACCAGUUGUACGAGGUCUCCUUAAAUUCUGGCCUAAAACGUGCAGCCAGAAGGAGGUGAUGUUCCUUGGCGAAAUUGAAGAAAUAUUGGACGUUAUAGAACCUAGCCAAUUUGUUAAAAUACAAGAACCUUUAUUCAGGCAAAUUGCACGUUGCGUGUCUUCACCACACUUUCAGGUUGCGGAAAGAGCAUUGUACUUCUGGAAUAAUGAGUACAUAAUGUCUCUAAUUGAGGAAAAUAAUCAUGUAAUAAUGGGAAUUAUGUUUCCAGCAUUGUAUAGAAUAAGUAAAGAGCAUUGGAAUCAGACAAUUGUAGCUCUUGUUUAUAACGUUUUAAAAACGUUUAUGGAGAUGAACAGCAAGCUCUUUGAUGAACUUACUGCCAGCUAUAAGUCUGAGAGGCAAAAAGAGAAAAAGAGGGAAAAAGAGAGAGACGAAUUGUGGAAGAAACUGAGCGAAUUGGAGAUAGAACGACGUAAUGCUCUCGAACGUAAUGCUAUCACAGCUACCUCCAAUAAUCCAGUUCCUGCCACUAACACACCUGCGACGCGAACUCGCCCCUGAGCUGGUCGAAUUACAGUACCACGCUGCCCGAUUGUUAGCUCUUAGUUUACGUCGAUUGUCCAUAUAUUACACGCAAAAAAUUAUUGUUGUUAGUGAAACAAAGUGUCUCACGAUGGCAUCCUUGACGUAAUGUAAUUCAUUUUAUUAGUUGUGACCGGUAUGGCGGAGUGAUAGAAGCAGGAAAAAAAUGCAAAAGAAAAGACAAUGCACGCAAUCUUAUGUUCUUUUGUUUUUUUUUUUUUGGUUUUCUUUUGGGACAACAAUAAUAAUAACAUCAACAAUAAUAACGUGGCGAUCAGUGAAUUCCAAAUGAUUUUAUAUAUGUGUAUAUCGGGUACAUUUAUUUCCGUUUCUUGUCUUGUUUUGAAAUGGGGAAACAGUCUCGAUUGCAUGAUGUGUGUACUCUCAGUGUCAGUACGCAACAAUGUAUUAGUCCAUCCUUGACUAAGAUUUUGUUGCGUUUUCGGUAGGACGGGACAAUCGUGGUGUAAAUUUCGAAUGGACGAAGUUAUACACGUCGUUGUGAUCCUUAUGUUCAUUUUACGGAGGACGCGACACUUUGUGCAUUCUCUCAGACGGCCAGUGUGUCGCCUCCUGACUGACCCUUGCGCUGUUUAUUACUGCUCCUGACAGAGCCAGCGGGGGUGUUUGAAUAUAUGUAUCAUAUAUUCGUAUUAGCGAUAACGAUAAUUAUAACAGGUACGUAAUAAAUUAGGUAAAAAUGAAAACAAAUAUAAAUAUAAAUAUAUAUUUAUAUAUAUACAUAAAAAAAAUAUAUAUAUAUAUAAAUAUAUACAAUAUGAUAUAUAUUAUUGAAGAAGAAAAAGGAUAUAUAUAGUUAAUAUGAGAAACAAAACAAGUCACAGACACACACGCGUACACCAAACUGCGAUAAAAUGGAAAAAACACGUGUAAAACAUAUAUAGGCCCAUGUGCUACUAACAUAGAGACUGCUGUGGCUGCGUGUCGGCGGCGAGUUAAUAGAACAAACAUUUUUUCUCAAGAGCGCGAAGCCGCAGCGGAAGACGGCAUACAUGAAUUAGCUAACGAAUGAUAAGGUUCAAUUCGCGCGGACGAUGGAAAAAAUGAUGGAAUAUAAGAGUAAAAUAUACGAGACAUAUAUAUGUAUAUAUAUAUAUGUAUGUAUGUAUGUAUGUAUGUAUACAUAUAUAUAUGCAUAUAUAUAUGUUGAUUUUUUUUAAUAGAGGGAAGGAAGAAGGAAUAAUGGGAGCGAGAGGAUGAAUGGAGUAUUCAAUAAAUGACGAAGAAAAGAAAAACAGAUUUGAUUGUACCAAAAACAUCCGUUGCUUAUAAAUAUAAUUACGUGAUAGUGAUACAGCGCGCAGAUAUAUAAGGAUCCACUUUGGAGCUGUGCUCCCUACACUGGCAAGUGUAGGGGAAACACACAUAUAUAUACACACACACACUACACACACCGCGGGGUCGUUUUUAAAAUUUCUUACCAUUGCAUAAUAAUAAUUAAUAAUAUUACGAAUAACGAUAAUGGUAACAAUAAAGAAUAACUAAAUAAAAGGAAAUAAUAAUAAUAAAUGACAAUGAUAAACAAAUAAUAAUAGCCGCAAAUAAAAUAAAAUACGAUAGUUGAACAAAAACGAAAAAAAAAAAAAAAUGAUUGACCGCUUGCUCAUAUUUUCAUGGAGAGGAAUUCGCACGAAUUGCCAUUGUUCAUUUUUCCCCGAUUCCUUUUCUGAUGAUUUCUCGACAUUGUUUAUUAUCGUCGAACGUUUCUCACGACUUGUACACGACUUGUGCUCGCUUUGCGUUACGCUCCGUUUACCUUCGCUACGUAAAAUCUCGUACGGAGACAGAGAGUAACACAUAUACAUAUAUAAAUAUAAAUAUAUAUAUAUAUAUAUAUAUUAUUGUAAAAUAAUGUAAUGUGACUUUGAAGACGUAGGUGAGAGUCCGAGAAAAGAUUCUUUACGCGUAAAUAGAUACACAUUUAUUAAAAA